UCCUGCCGAGAGAUCCCAAACCAACAGUCUUUCUCUCUUCCCCCGACGGAACCAGGUGAGAAAGGACAAGAUGUGGGCGCAAGACGCCCCCGGUGGCUCCCAAACUCUUCUCUUUUCAGUCCUCCUUCCCAUCCCGGCGGGGGGCCCCGGUCGGCGAGGGCCGCCUCUCUGAGGGGGGCAGACACUGGGCGGCCCAGGAGCGGGGAGAGAGUCUCAGGGGGCAGCGCGCGGGCUGUGGGCAGGGGAGAGCCCGCCACUUGGGGGCAGGAAGGAAAGAGUUAAAGAUCCGGGAUUGGCUCUGCUGUCACCGUUUCUGGGAGGGGAAGCGGCCGGGAGGGAGGGUUCGGAGCUUGGCUCGGGUCCUCCCCAGUUCCCCCCGGGCCGCCGGAGACUUGGGCCGGCCGGACGCCGCUUCUGGCUCACUCGCUGGGGCAGCGCUCCCGCACUCGCGACGCUCACUCCCCUUUCCCUCCCUCGCGCCCUCUCCCACCUUCUCCCCGGAGCGCGAGCGAGCGCUCUCUCCUUCUCCCUCCUAACACACGCACACGCACACGUUCUCGCUCACUCGGGUCCCCUGGGCUGCCGCGCUCCCCUCCCCGCGCCCACCUGCUCCGCAGAGCCCUCGGCGCACCCCGCCCGCGCGCGCCCAGCCGGGGUCCGCCCGCCCUCCCUCCCGCUGGCCGCUGGCGCUCCGGGCCGUGACCGUCGCAGCUGGAGUGGACAGCGGGUUCCCGGGUGGGCGCCCCCGCCCCGCUCCGCCCCCCUCCCACCGGGGCGCGCCCUGAGCCCGAGCGCACGGCGGAGGCCAUGGUGGGAGCGCCUGCCUGCCCCGGCGCCCGCUGAGGCCAUGCCGCACCCCGGGGAGCCCACCGGCGCCCGCCGGCGCCUGCCGCUGCUUCUGCCGCCGCUGCUGUUACUGCUCCCGGGCAGCCACGCGGGCAACCUGACGGUGGCCGUGCUGCUGCCGCUGGUCAACACUUCGUAUCCGUGGUCGUGGGCGCGCGUGGGCCCGGCCGUGGAACUGGCCCUGGCCGGGGUGAAGGCUCGGCCCGACUUGCUGCCGGGCUGGACGGUCCGCACGGUGCUGGGCAGCAGCGAGGACGCGCGGGGCGUCUGCUCCGACACCGCCGCGCCGCUCACCGCCGUGGAUCUCAAGUUUGAGCACCAGCCGGCGGUGUUCCUGGGCCCCGGCUGCGUGUACGCCGCCGCCCCGGUCGGGCGCUUCACCGCGCACUGGCGGGUGCCGCUGCUGACGGCCGGCGCCCCGGCGCAGGGCUUCGGGGCCAAGGACGAGUACGCGCUCACCACCCGCGCCGGGCCCACCUACGCCAAGCUGGGCGACUGCGUGGCGACGCUGCACCGACGGCUGGGCUGGGAGCACCGGGCGCUCGUGCUCUACGGCUACCGGCCGGGCGACGACCAGCCCUGCUUCUUCGUCGUGGAGGGGCUGUUCUUGCGCCUCCGCAGCCACCUCAACAUCACGGUGGAACACAUGGAGUUCGCCGAGAGCGACCUCGACCACUACGCCAAGCUGCUGCAGACCGUGCAGCGCAAGGGCCGAGUUAUCUACGUCUGCAGCUCCCCAGAUGCCUUCAGAACCCUGAUGCUCAUGGCGGUGGAAGCCGGCCUGAGGGGGGGCGACUACGUUUUCUUCCACCUGGACCUCUUCGGGCAAAGCCUGCGAGGUGCACAUGGCCGUGACCCCCACAGGCCUUGGGAGAGAGGGGAUGGGCAGGAUGUCAGAGCCCACCAGGCCUUUCAGGCUGCCAAAAUCAUUACGUAUAAAGAGCCAGACAAUCCUGAGUACGUGCACUUCCUGCAGCAGCUAAAGCAUGUGGCCCGGGAGCAGUUUAACUUCACCGUGGAGGACGGCCUGGAGAACAUCAUCCCAGCAUCCUUCCACGACGGGCUCCUGCUCUAUAUCCACGCAGUGACGGAGACUCUGGCACAUGGGGGAACGGUCACCGAUGGGGACGGAAUCACACAGCGGAUGUGGAACCGGAGCUUCCAAGGUGUGACAGGAUACCUGAAAAUAGACAGCAAUGGAGACCGGGAGACCGACUUCUCCCUCUGGGAUAUGGACCCGGGGACUGCCACCUUCAGGGUCGUUCUGAACUACAAUGGGGCUUCUCAAGAGCUGGAGGCUGUGUCAGGGCGGACACUGAACUGGCCCCUGGGGUACCCGCCUCCUGACAUCCCCAAAUGCGGCUUUGACAACGAGCAUCCAGACUGCAACCAAGCCCACUUUUCCGUCCUCGAGGCCCUGGCUUUGGUGGGCAGCGUCUCCCUGCUCAGCGUCCUCACUGUCUCCAUCUUCAUCUACAGGAAGAUGCAGCUGGAGAAGGAACUGGCCUCGGAGCUGUGGCGGGUGCGUUGGGAGGACUUGCAGCCUACCAGCCUGGAGAGACACCUGCGGAGUGCGGGCAGCCGGCUGACCUUGAGUGGGAGAGGCUCCAAUUAUGGCUCCCUGCUCACCACGGAGGGCCAGUUCCAGGUCUUCGCCAAGACAGCGUAUUAUAAGGGCAACCUCGUGGCUGUGAAACGUGUGAACCGUAAACGCAUUGAGCUGACAAGAAAAGUCCUCUUUGAACUGAAGCAUAUGCGGGAUGUGCAGAAUGAACACCUGACCAGGUUUGUGGGUGCCUGCACCGAUCCCCCCAACAUCUGUAUCCUCACAGAGUACUGUCCCCGUGGGAGCCUGCAGCAGGACAUUCUGGAGAAUGAAAGCAUCACUCUGGACUGGAUGUUCCGGUAUUCCCUAACCAAUGACAUCGUCAAGGGUAUGCUGUUUCUACACAACGGGGCCAUUUGCUCCCAUGGGAACCUCAAGUCAUCCAACUGCGUGGUAGAUGGGCGCUUCGUACUCAAGAUCACCGACUACGGGCUGGAGAGCUUCAGGAACCCUGAGCCAGAGCAAGGACACACCCUCUAUGCCAAAAAGCUGUGGACAGCCCCUGAGCUCCUUCGGAUGGCCUCGCCCCCUGCCCGGGGCUCCCAGGCUGGUGACGUGUACAGCUUUGGGAUCAUCCUUCAGGAGAUUGCCCUGAGGUGUGGCGUCUUCCACGUGGAAGGUUUGGACCUCAGCCCCAAAGAGAUCAUCGAGCGCGUGACUCGGGGUGAGCAGCCCCCCUUCCGGCCCUCCAUGGCCUUGCAGAGCCACCUGGAGGACCUGGGCCACCUGAUGCAGUGGUGCUGGGCUGAGGACCCGCAGGAGCGGCCGCCCUUCCAGCAGAUCCGCCUGGUGCUGCGCAAGUUUAACAGGGAGAACAGCAGCAACAUCCUGGACAACCUGCUGUCGCGCAUGGAGCAGUACGCCAACAACCUGGAAGAGCUGGUGGAGGAGCGCACCCAGGCUUACCUGGAGGAGAAGCGCAAGGCCGAGGCCCUGCUCUACCAGAUUCUGCCUCACUCAGUGGCUGAGCAGCUGAAGCGCGGGGAGACGGUCCAGGCCGAAGCCUUUGACAGUGUUACUAUCUACUUCAGUGACAUUGUGGGCUUCACAGCCCUGUCGGCGGAGAGCACGCCCAUGCAGGUGGUGACCCUACUCAAUGACCUGUACACUUGCUUUGACGCUGUUAUAGACAAUUUCGACGUGUACAAGGUGGAGACGAUCGGCGACGCCUACAUGGUGGUGUCGGGGCUCCCCGUGCGGAACGGGCGGCUGCACGCCCGCGAGGUGGCCCGCAUGGCCCUGGCGCUGCUGGACGCGGUGCGCUCGUUCCGCAUCCGCCACCGGCCGCAGGAGCAGCUGCGCCUGCGCGUUGGCAUCCACACAGGACCUGUGUGUGCCGGUGUGGUAGGGCUGAAGAUGCCCCGUUACUGUCUCUUUGGGGACACAGUCAACACCGCCUCGAGAAUGGAGUCUAAUGGGGAAGCCCUGAAGAUCCACUUGUCUUCUGAGACCAAGGCCGUCCUGGAAGAGUUUGGUGAAUUCGAGCUGGAGCUUCGAGGGGAUGUAGAAAUGAAGGGCAAAGGCAGAGUUCGCACCUACUGGCUCCUGGGGGAGCGGGACAACAGCACCUGAAGCUGACCGCGUCCCCUCCUGGCCUCCCGCACCUCUCUUCCCUGUGCCAGAGGUGCCAGAGAGGUGCCAGGCCUCCGCCUCACCCCCAGCAGCCCCCCAUUGCCAAAGAUUCGGGGAAGUGGUUUGAGCAGGUCAGGUGGGCUGACCUCAGUGGACACACCACCUGUUACCUCUGAAAGAGGCCUGGGGUGGGGGAGACGAGGCACGCAGGACUGGGGCACACGUGUAGGCCCACGAACCCGCUGUCUGCCCUGACUCGGCCCGACUGGGGUGUGGAGGCCUGGAUCCUCUUGCCGCUCCCUGGACCCUCCUCCCUCAGCCCUGCUAUACUGUGACUUUAUGGGGAGGGGGACCAACCACCUUAGGGGGAAUAGGAAAGGGGAGUAGAGGUGAAUCUGGGGGGGAGGGAGUCCACAUCUGGCUUGGCCCCCAUGGGCACAACACCCCCCUAUGUCCCCCCACCCAACACUGGAUACAGUGCUCAUGGGAGAGGGUGCCCUGGAGGGGCCGCAGGCCUGUAUGCCUUGCAUCUCCUGUGAACGGAGAUCAUUAAAAUCUUUAUUCCAGUGACAGUGUCUCUUCUGGAGGGAGAGAGGGUUGCCAGGAGAUACAGCCAUGGUGUCCACCCUCUACGUCAGAUAAGACGGUUUCUCAAGCUGAGAAAGCGGUACCUGAAAAGGCUGCAAUUCCCAUUCAACCCCAGGACCCAGUGCCACAGCCUAGGAGUCACCCCAGCAGCGCCGGCACUUUUGGGCUAAGGACCCAUUUCCACCCUUAAGAGCUAACUGAGGGCCCCAAAGAGCUUUUGUUUAUGGGUUGUAUCUAUCGACACAGACCACAUUACAAAUUAAAACAAGCCCGAUUAACUCAUUUAAAGUAACUAUUGAUAUAAUAAACCU